UGAUUUUUGAUUUUUUUGUGUGCAUUGUGGAGUUGCCUCGCAAAGAGGAGAGAGAGAGAGAGAGAGAACUAUACACAGUCUGCUUUGCUGCAAGUGACUCGGUGGAGGAAAGAGAGCAGAGUAGGCAAACCGGACAGAUCAUUUUUUUGCUUCAUAUAUCCACAUCCUCCUCCUCCUCCAGACCCGGAGCGUUGACAGGGCUCCGCGCCAGUCCGCACUCGCCGUGGGAUGAGUUUGGAAACUGCGCGGGCAUUUAAAUAAUCUCACUGGACAUAUAAUCGGACAUAGGAAUAUUGCAGCCUCACCCCAAGAAAGGGAGAUUCUAAACCACAAACUGUGAGUAAAAAAACGGCGGGAUAUGGACUGAAUUGACUUUGAUGCUCGGACAGUAAGAUUUUUUUGGCUUUUACGCGCAUGAAAUUCAAAUAUUUGUGGCACCGCCCGGAGCGCACGGAGCCUCUCUGGUGUGUGUGUGAUUUUUUUUUAAAUAUAUAUAUCAUUGCGGUGUUUUUUCCUGCUAAAACAAGGAAAGAGCAACUAACACCUUAGUGCCAGAGGAGGAAAAGCGCAGGGGGGGAGAAAAAGAGACGAAAGCCCCGUGCACUUGCUGCUUUUUCACUGCAGCAGGAGCGGUGUAAGGAAGUCGUCCGGAGGAUGAAGUCUCACGCAUCCCACAGCAGAGGGCUUUGCUCUUAAUGAAAAUAUAUCUUUUCCAUAUUCGGACUCUUUCCUAGUGAUUAAAUUCUUUUUUUUUUUCUUUUUUGGGACAUUUUUCAAGUCUAAGUGGACAUUUUUUUCAGAGGGAGAACAAUGAGGACUACUGGUGCAGUGGACUAUUUGUACUAUUGCAUGCUCAUCCUGCAGUUUGUGCAUCAGCCCGCUGCCAAGCAAGUGCUCCGGUACCGUUUGGCUGAGGAGGGACCCGCCGAUGUCAGAGUAGGGAACGUAGCCGCCGACCUGGGCAUCGUUGCCGGGUCCGGUGAGGUGACAUUCACGCUUGAAUCAGGCUCUGAUUUUUUCAAAAUAGACAACAUAACAGGUGAGCUCACCACCAAUGAGAGGCGCAUAGACCGGGAAAAAUUACAGCAGUGCCAAAUGAUAUUUGAUGAAAAUGAGUGUUUUAUAGAUUUUGAAGUGUCAGUGAUAGGACCAGCCCAGAGCUGGGUAGAUCUCUUUGAGGGGAAAGUCAUCAUACUAGAUAUAAAUGAUAACACCCCAUCAUUCCCUUCCCCUGUCCUGACACUGUCUGUGGAGGAAAACAGACCCAUUGGAACCCUUUAUCUGCUGCCCACAGCCACAGACAGAGAUUUUGGCAGAAAUGGAAUAGAGAGAUACGAGCUGAUCCAGGACAAUGGGGAGAACUCAAGGCGCUCUGGCUCUUCUGGGGAUUCAUACUCAGGGAAGAGGAGAUUUGAUGAAGGCGCGAGCAGGAGCAGCGUCUUUGAACUGCAAGUUGCUGACACUACUGAUGGAGAGAAGCAGCCCCAACUCAUCAUUAAAGGGGCCCUUGAUAGGGAACAGAGAGACUCCUAUGAGCUCACACUGCGCGUUAGGGAUGGAGGAGAUCCCCCGCGCUCCUCCCAGGCCAUUCUUAGGGUGAUGAUUACCGACGUGAAUGACAACAGUCCACGGUUUGAGAAGAGCGUUUAUGAAGCCGACUUACCAGAAAACAGCUCCCCUGGCGCCCCCAUACUGCAGCUCAAAGCGACUGAUGCAGACGUGGGGGUUAACGGUCAAAUAGAGUAUGUGUUUGGGGCAGCCACAGAGUCUGUAAGGAGGCUAUUGAGGUUGGAUGAGAGCACAGGGUGGCUGAGUGUGUUGCACCGCAUCGACCGUGAAGAAGUGAGCCAGCUGAGGUUCACAGUAAUGGCCCGUGACCGAGGCCAGCCACCGAAAAUGGACAAGGCCACCGUGGUGCUGAACAUCAAGGAUGAGAACGACAACGUUCCUGCUAUUGAGAUACGGAAAAUAGGACGCAUUUUCUUAAAAGAUGGGAUAGCCAACGUGGCUGAGGACGUUGUGGUGGACACACCCAUUGCCUUGGUUCAGGUGUCAGACCGAGACCAGGGGGAAAAUGGCAUCGUGACCUGCACAGUGGUAGGAGAUGUGCCUUUUCAGCUCAAACCAGCCAGUGAGAUGGAGGGUGAGCAGAAUAAAAAGAAAUAUUUCCUCCACACAUCUGCACCGCUGGACUACGAGGCCACACAGGAAUACAAUGUGGUCAUAGUGGCUGUGGACUCUGGAAGCCCAAGUCUGGCAAGUAAUAACUCUCUUAUCGUCAAAGUUGGCGACACUAACGACAACCCUCCAGUCUUCAGCAAGAACGUCGUAGAGGUGUCGUUUCCGGAAAACAAUGCCCCUGGCGAGAGGGUGACAACAGUGGCAGCCAUCGACGCAGAUAGUGGGAAGAAUGCUGAAAUAGCCUAUUCCCUAGACUCGUCAGUAAAUGGGAUUUUCUCUAUCGAUGCAGACAGUGGAGACAUCAGAGUAAACACCAUUCUGGAUAGAGAGCAAACGGAGCGCUACGAAUUCAAAGUGAUAGCCAAAGAUAAGGGCAUAAACACCCUUCAGGGCUCUGCAACAGUGGUUGUCCUUGUGGCCGAUAAGAAUGACAACGAACCAAAGUUCAUGCAGGAUGUAUUCACCUUUUAUGUCAAAGAGAACCUUGAGCCAAACAGCCCAGUUGGCAUGGUUACAGUCAUUGACGCAGAUAAAGGCCAAAAUGCAGAAAUGAGUCUUUUCAUUGAAGAAGAGGAGGACAUUUUUUCAAUUGAGAACGACACUGGGACUAUUUUCUCCACCUUGUCUUUUGACCGAGAACAGAAAACUACUUACACGUUUCGUGUCAAAGCUGUGGACGGGGGUGAUCCUCCCAGAUCCGCCACCGCCACGGUUUCUCUCUUCGUCAUGGAUGAAAAUGACAACCCACCAACUGUCACUUUCCCAAUAAACAGCUCCUACACCCUUCUUCCUCCCUCCAGUAACAUCAGAACAGUCGUCAGAACCGUCAUAGCCACUGACACUGACACCGGCAUCAACGCGGACCUGAACUACAGCAUCAUUGGGGGAAACCCCUUCAAGCUGUUUGAAAUUGAUGGAGGCACUGGUGUCAUUUCUCUAGUGGGGAAGUUGGAGCAGAAGCACUAUGGCCUUCACCGAUUAGUGGUCCAGGUGAAUGACAGCGGCCAGCCUUCACAAAGCACCACCACACUAGUUCAUGUGUACGUUAAUGAGACCCUUUCCAAUUCCACAGUUGUGGAGGCCCAGGUGGCUAAAAGCCUGAGCACGUCUCUCAACACCAACAUUGCCGGUGACCCCAACUAUGAUCUAAGCAAACAGCGGUUAAGCAUUGUGAUUGGGGUAGUUUCAGGCAUCAUGACGGUCAUCCUCAUUAUUCUAGUUGUUGUCAUGGCCCGUUACUGCCGUCCCAAGAAUAAGAAUGGCUAUGAGGCCGGCAAGAAGGAUCACGAAGACUUCUUCACACCACAGCAGCACGACAAGUCCAAGAAGCCCAAGAAGGAUAAGAAGAAACAGAAGUCAAAACAGCCACUCUACAGCAGCAUCGUCACUGUAGAGGCCUCCAAACCCAAUGGGCAGCGCUACGAUGGCGUCAACGAGAAGCUGUCGGACAGUCCUGGCAUGGGUCGCUACCGUUCAGUCAACGGAGGGCCGGGGAGCCCAGAUCUGGCCCGACACUACAAGUCCAGUUCACCACUCCCUACUGUCCAGCUUCAUCCACAGUCGCCAACGGCUGGUAAAAAGCACCAGGCAGUUCAGGACCUGCCCCCUGCCAAUACCUUUGUUGGCACCGGAGAUAACAUUUCGCUUGGAUCUGACCACUGCUCUGAUUACAGCAGUCAAACUAUCAACAAGUACAACAAACAGCCGUUUCGCCGAGUGACCUUCUCGGUGGUGAGCCAGCCCCAGGACCCUCACCAGCAGGGAUCGCUGCAGAGCUGCUACGACAGCGGCCUGGACGAGUCGGAGACGCCCAGCAGCAAGAGUUCGUCGGGCCCCCGGCUGGGCGCCCUUCCCCUUCCCGAGGACAGCUACGAGAGGACAACGCCGGAUGGCAGUGUCGGUGAGGCAGAGCACAUGGAAAAUGACGCCCGGCCUUUGCCUGACGUAGCCAUGACUGGCAAGUGCACCCGGGAAUGCGACGAGUACGGCCACUCGGACUCCUGCUGGAUGCCUGUGCGCACGUCGCCUGAGCGACGGCCAUCCAAGUCAACCACCACCCCACAACAACCAAAGCUUUCAACUUUCAUGAGCGGCAACGGCAGCGGCAGCAGCAGCGCAGAGCAUCCCGGCAGCCAAGAGACCCUCGCCAUGGCCGCCAUGGCCAACGGAGACCCAACUGCCGCUCACAUGAUGGGCGACCGCAAUCGCAACCUGCUCAACAAAAAGAUGGCUUCCUCCUCCUCCUCCUACGAGGCCUUCGGCUCGCCUUCCUACGGCUCGCCAGGAAGUGGGGAGGAGACGCUGGGCCACCCCACCGAGGAGAUCCCUCUGGCACCUACUGGGGAGUACAAGCCCACGUCCUGUGGUACUCUGACGCGACGGGAGGUGUACCUGUGAGCUGGGAGGGUUUGACGCACCUGCUGUGCCACAAUAUAUGGCAUUAAAACACAACACUAAGCAUAGUUGCUUACUACCCACCACCGUUACAGCUCUAGAAGCUUUUAGCCGCCCUUGUUCUACGCAAGGUAGGACUAAUCUUUCUCCAAAGACUUUUACAACAGCUCCUUAAUGAAAAAUCUAAGUGGAUAUAUAAACAUAGUACCAUUUUUUAAAGUGCUAAUUCCGGCCGUGACCUGGAAGAAACGAGGAGGAGGAGGAAAAACUGUUGAGGGCAUUGAUGGGGACUUGGGAUGAGGCUCUUGGGACAUGAUCUGCUGCCUGACAGUCAAUCUGUACAAUAAUCAACUCAUUUUACAUAAUACAGUACAUGCAUGCAUUAACCCGCUCCCCCUCCCUGCCCCGUCCUACAUGAAGGUCCCAUUCCUUGAAGAUGACACUGUACAAAAAGAGACUUUUUCUUUUUCUGUUUGUGUUUUUUCUAGAAACAAAGUUGUACAUGUGGACUAUUUUGACUUCAAAGUGUGUCUGGUUAUGCCUUUUUAUUUUAUUUUUUAUUAUUAUUAUUAUUUCAGAACAGUGCAGCACUCUCGCCAUGAUGUUCAGUGGCUGCAACAAUAUAUUGGACAUAGUGGUCUCUAUCAUACCGAGCUGUCCGUGGAUUUUUCGUCAUCUUGACUGUGAUAAAAGUCGCUCAAUAGCAGACCAAAACUAUUCAACUCGUACAUGGACGGAAAAAGACUAAGCUUUAAAUACUCAGCCCGGUAAACAACACUCGUCUCUCUCGAAAAGGGAGAUUCUUGGACAGACAAACAAAGAGCCAAUGGAAUUUACUGCAACAACACCUCGCUGCAGACUACGACACCGCUGGUAUGACGAGCAGAAACGAUGACUGAGUCUAACCUACCAGUGCGUACGCUCUCCACGGGUGAAAAGUCACUCAUUGUACAUAAACAUUGGACCACAGCAACAACGCUUACUGCUCUCAUUCCCUUUUGUCUUGCUACCUUUCCUCAGUCUCUCGUUCUUUGUCUUUGAUUGGCGAGGUGGAGACCAAACCCUCCCCACACCCCCCCCUUCUUACGAAAUGCAAAAUUUAGAGCCAUGACAUAUCGCCGCAUUUGGCUGGAAAAAAAAGCAUGUGUGUACAUGGUUUGUGCAUAUUCGGAUCACCUCAGUCGGGAUUGCUACUGUUGCUAUAUCGAGUUGUGAAACCCUGUUUUACGCAAAUCACACAUGCGGAUUCAUUUAAACUGAGGCCAGUGGCGCUGCUGUACUGACUGAAAAUCCUGGGUAAGCACAGUGUGUGGCAUGCCGAGAUUAAAAUUAUGGAGGUGCAACUGAAAUUGUAUGUGUGUAUGGGCCAGAUAUGCAGUAUAUAGUGUGUGUGUUUUGACUAUAUUUAGUGUAUACUGUAGAUGUACACCGAUUAUAGGCUUAGGAGAGCGUAAACAUGGCCAAGCUGGUCCUAAAACAGCUGCAAGGACAGCUUUUUACUGUUAUUCCUCUUUUUUUUUUUAAUCUUUUUUUUUUUUUGUUGUGUGAUAGACUGAGCAAUAAAUAUCAUAAUGUACACGUGACCAACAAGCAUCAACUUCUUUCUCCACUUCUAUCUCAAAGCCUCCAAUGUGACAAUAACCCACCACGACGUGGCUGUCCAAGAGUCCUUUUUUUAGCACUUGUAGAUGUUUGCUUUCCAUAAAGUACAUGGUGAUGGCAUCUUUGAGCACGAAUGUAAGAAUCAGCUCAAUGGAGAACAAUCAAAAAGCAACGUCUGUACGCGCAGAUACCAGGAAGGUUUUUUUGUUUUUGUUUUUUUGAUUACUGGAAAAAAAAUGGUGUCAAAGUGAAACCAAAGCUUCGCAAACAGGAUGAAGCAUCCCCCCCCCAUUACACAGAAAAAUAGCUUUCCGGGAGAACUUUGCUUUAAGUACACAUUACAUGAUUUGUUUGAAGUUAAAAUGAAGGAUUUAAGAAUGUGACUUCUCAACUUAAAAAAAAGCAUCCACUACUCUCUCUCGAAGCUGACCACACACAACAUGACAAUGUUGAGAUGUUGUGCCUCCCUGGUCUACAGUGACGUUUCUUUUCUUUUCUAUUUUUUUUUUUCCCGCAGCUAUACAGAGGCGCAAAAUCUCAUGACUGUAAUAAAGCAAAAGAAUAUCAGAUGCAAUGGAACUUUUUUUGUAUGUUAGCAAAACCCCUUUGGUUUGACCGGAGCUGCUUUUUUUCUGCAUUUCCGGCAAUCUAUAGUCUGUAAGUACUACUCGUUGUUCGAAAGAAAGUGCUCCUAUACUUAUCAACUGUAUACAUGAAUAUUUACUUUUUACUGCACGUUUAAAUGGGAACUUACUUCACUUACUGAGAAGGAAGGAGAAAAAAAAAACUGUAAAACAAAAUGUACAAAAAAAAAAAAUGUUUUCCCUGUAAACAUGGAAAUCCACCUUGUUGCUUGCUUUUGUUAUACCUAAAGAAACAUGUAGUACAACUUAGUACAUCAGUUAAGACCAUCCGGUUUGUUCCUUUUUUUUGUUUUUGGAAUUUUUCAUACUUAACCAAAUUUCCGUCAACGUCUCUCGUGUCACCACGCAAACUCAAACCUCUCACACGUUCCAUUCACACCGACUUUAUACCACGAGAAUUGCAAUUUUUUACCCGCAUCUUGUAUUUUACUUUGUGAUCCCAUGCAUUGAUUUCCUACACGAUAACAGUCAAAACCGUGGAAAUGAUCAUAUUCUUUUUCUUUCUUUCUUUUAUCUGGUGCCACUUUGUAUAUUUAGAGUGCUUCUGAAAAAAAAGGGAAAAAAACUACAUAAAAAAAAAAAUACUAGAGUGAAUGCAAAUAUGCAAUUGUGCCUUUUUAUACCAAUUGGUAU